ACCCGCUCCAGCCAAUGAACAUCCUGAGAACUCUGACGUCAGUUACUAGGGACCUACCCUCCCGGCCAAUCAGCGAGCGUCAGGCCGGCACGUGCCAGUUUCGCGGCAAAAAAGAUUUGGCGCGUAAACCCUUUGAGCAGGUUCCGAUCAGCUGUAACAAAAAACAACAAUAACAAAAGUGAUUCCGGCCGCACCGGCGCGUGGGGACAGUCGGACCUCUUUUAUCAUUCACUCUCAAUGGAUUUAUGCACUUAAAAAGUGAAGUUUUAAGUAUUAUUUGGCGUUAAAUGAGAAUACUUCCUGGGUGGAGUGAUUAAAAAGGACAAAAGCGGAGGAUAUUUUGGAUUUAAGUAUCAGAUGAGAAGAGAACCUGGACUUUGGCUUUGUUCUGCAUCCGGUUCGGGUUAAAUUGUUAUAUUUACUCUGUCUAAAAAGCCUGUUUACCCAUAUAAUCACGCACUUAUAGCAAGUUUAGUAACAUGUAAUAUAUAUAUACAUCUAAGAAACUGUGUUAAAAUAUCUUCUGAAUUUUAUUCUGAAUUAUUUUUUCCUUUGAUGCACUUUAAAGAUUGAAAUUGCAUUGCAAUUUGUGUAUAUUCAGAUAUUUAUUAUACACCAAUACAUGUUAUGCUUCUCAGCCAUUUUCAAUAGCACUUCCAUAAACAAAGGACACACAACUCAAAUAUGGUCAUGCUUAUGGUGUGCUAAAUCUUUCAGGUUUAUAAAUAACAUGCAUGGCCUUACUUUAAGCUUUUUAAUGUGAAGUUUCACUGUAAAGUUGCCAUUUUUGUUUCACAAACUGUUGACCCAGAUAUUGGCUUGUUUUGGCUGAGAGACUCCCAUAUUCAAUCAAAACCGGUUUUUAAAAUGCUGCUCAUGCAUUCUGUGUCUUCAUGUAUGAAACCUUGUGGAACAUGGCUGAUACGACCAUUCAAACUCCAAUCCUCACUGUUUUAUGUGCAAUAUUGGUUCAUCUUUUGAAAAGCAUCCAUUAGUUUCCAUGCACUAAGCCUUGAAGGCAGAAGAGAAACCCAGAGAGCCCAAGUUAACCCUGCUGUUUCAACCCCGAUAUGUCUGAGAGCUUCAUAUCAGGUCAGACCUCGGAGGACCUGUUGGCUGAUUUUGAGUCUCUGUUGAACAAUGGCAGCAUUGAUAUCAGUGAAGAUCAUCAAAUUGUCAUCAUCUCCACUCCCAACAUGGCCAGCACUGCAGCGGGGGACAUACUGCUGUUUGCCACCCCACACAGUACCACCACCACCACCACCACCACAAAUCUGCCCGACCUCAGGAGACCCACCCUGGGCAGACCACCGGUUAAGAGGAAAUUAGAUUUGGACAGUGAUCACCAGUACAUCUGCACGUCCCGACCUGCUUCACAUGGACCAGCACCUCCGGCCACGCCCGCACCACCCAGAGUGCCUAAAUUGGCUACUGAGAAGUCUCGCUAUGACACAUCUCUGAAUCUGACCACCAAACGCUUCCUGGACCUGCUCGCUCAGUCACCUGACGGAGUGGUUGAUCUGAACUGGGCCUCUCAGGUGCUGGACGUCCAGAAACGACGCAUCUACGACAUCACCAACGUCCUGGAGGGCAUUCACCUGAUCUCCAAGAAGUCCAAGAAUAACAUUCAGUGGCUGGGUAAUCGUAUAGACGGGGCGUCUGUGGCGAGAUUUCAGGAGCUGCAGCGAGAGUUAUCUGAACUGACGGAGGCGGAGGAGAAACUUGAUGAUCUCAUUAAUAAAUCCAGCCUACAACUACGGCUUCUCAAAGAGGACACACAUAACAAGAAGCUGACCUACAUCAGAUGUCAAGACCUGCGUAACACUGUGGAUCCUCCAGAUCAGAUCAUCAUGGUGAUCAGAGCUCCACCAGAAACACAGAUGCAGGUGUCUGAACCCAGUGAGGGUUACCAGAUCUCUCUAAAGAGCUCCAACGGUCCGAUCGAUGUGUUUCUGUGUCCUGAGGACAGUUCUGGGGUUUGUAGUCCUGUCACUGAUUGUAGUCCUGCGAAAACAUCCCAUCAGAGCCCCCCUCAGCCUGACCCUGCUUCACAGGAAGUGACAUCAACGCCAUCUACGCUCCCUAGCUCCUCACCUCUGCCUCUGGGUACUGACUCAGAUUCGUUUCUGGACUCUGAUCCGUUUUCUGGCAUCUGUGAGAUGCCGGAUUUCGACUUGUCUCCGUUGGACUCUGACUUCCUGCUUGAGCGGGGCGGGGCGUUGGAUGGGCUCGGCCUCCCAUUGGACAGUUUCAUCUGCCUCUCGCCCCCACACAACCAGGAUUACCACUUUGGUCUGAAGGAGCACGAGGGCAUCAGCGAGCUGUUCGACUGCGAUUUCGGCGACCUCGGCCCUCUGGAGUUUUAAGAGACAGAUUUAAGUCUUAAUUUCCACUUUUGCUCUCGAUUCUCAGUGUGAACAGGAAACAGAUCCCACUUCGCUUCACUUUUCAAUCCAGAUUUACCCAUCUGACUCUAGCAGCAACACUUGAGUUCUCAAGAGCACUGCCAUUUAAUUUAUUUAUAGAAAUAUUAAGUCACCUUUAAUCUCUUUUUCAUUUUGCCUUUAUUUUAAUUUGUUGUACAUUUAAUGUUGUCGUGAAGGUUUUAGGAUGUUGUAAAUGUACCGAAUAGAGGUUUGAAAAUAAACUGACGAGGUUUUAUGGAAUAUUACUCAGGAUUAUCUUAAAGUAUUUCAGGUGAGUGAUAAUGUGCUAGUAAUUUAGGGUCUGGUUAUGUUGAUAGGUUGGUUAUACAUGCUGCAUGAUAAUCGAUCCGUCAUCGUUCAUAUACGAUGACAGAGGAUUUAUAGUUUGUUUUAGAAAUGACCAGUGCAAAAACCCCAACAGACUGCAGAAAAUGAACUAAAACUGCCAGGAUCUUUUCAAAGUUGAUAAUCAGGCGUCAACUAAAUGAAAGUGGAGUUUGUUCACCUCUGCAGACCAUGAAACGAAACAUCAUAUGUCAAUAUUCUGUUUCUAAUCACAAUUAUAUUCACACAUUCCAUGUGCAGAUAAAUGCCCAUUUAGUAUAGUCUCAUAUUUUGUGUUGUAUUGCCUUUGCAUGUGUGCAGCUGUUCACAUACUUUCCAGCCUUAUCUUAAUAGUAAUCUUAAUAUUUUAAAAAAGCACUACAUAUAUAUUUUUUGGUCUUUUCCAGGAAUCCAAGUAUAGAAAUACAAUAUCUUGGAUCACCCUUAGUGGAGUUGGUGAAUUGUGCAACAUUUAAUUUGUAGCCUUUGAUUUGAUAUUGGGUUUUAGAGAAAAAAAUCUUCUCAAAUUGUGGUACAUCAGAGGACAUAUGAAAUAUAUAGUCAUGUUGGGUUAUAAUGAUGUGAUAUAAUUGUAGUGAGAUAUUUAAAUGCAUUUUGGUAGAGUUGAUAUAAAGAGUCUAAAGUUCACCGUUUACCUUAGUGCAAAUGCAUAAAUGAAUGCGACUCUACAUUCUACAUGUAGAUUUGCUGGGAGUUUUGCCUUAUUCUGUUUUCCGAAGGCAGCUUUUUAUCUUUGGUUUAAUGUUUGUGAUUUUUGACUAAUUGGACAAAAUCAUAAAUCUUUGUUUGUCGUCUGUUGUACUAGUUUUGUGUGAUUUGAUGUUCGUAAGCUGAUGAAGUUGCUUAUACAUUUAGUUUUGUUGCUGUUUUAUUGAUUUCGUUCUUUUGGUUAGUGUUUGUAUGGCUUUGUAAUUGUCUGGGACAAUUCUUAUGACAGAAUCAAGCACCUUGGUUUCGGGAAUGUGACUAGUGUUUCAAUGCAUCUGAUUGUAUAAUGGCAAUUUUUUUUGUGUGAUGGCUUUAUUCUGAAGAAUUGACUUACUUUAUAAACCACUUAAAGGGAUAGUUCACCCAAAACCCUUUUACGCACCCUCAUGCCAUCCUAUAUGUGUAUGAGUUUCUUUCUUCUGCAGGACACAAAUGAAGGUUUUUUAGAAGAACAUCUGCAAAUGAAUGUUGACCAAAACUUUGAAGCUCCAGUAAAAGCACAUAUAGGCAGCAGAAAAGACUCCAGUGGUUUAAUCCAUGUCUUCUGAAGAGAUAUGAUAGGUGUGGGUGAGAAACAGAUCAAUAUUUAAGUCAUUUUUUUGGCAUAAAUUCUCCUCCCUGCCCAUUAGGGGGCGAUAUGCACGAAUAAUGUGAAUCACCAAAAACAAAAGAAGAAUAAUGCAAAGGUGAAAGUAAAGAUUGAUAGCAAAAAAGGGCUUAAAUAUUUAUAUGUUUCUCACCAACACCUAUCAUAUCACUUCUGAAGACAUGGAUUUAACCACUGGAGUCUUAUUAAUUACUUUUUUAUGAUUAAAAUUUCUGGUCACCAUUCACUUGCAUUGUAUGGACCAACAGAGCUCAAAUAUUCUUCUAAAAAUCUCUGUUUUCAGCAGAAGAAAGGCAGACACAUCUGGGAUGGCAUGAGGGUGAGUAAAUGAUGAGAGAAUGCUCAUUUUUCGCUGAACUAUCCCUUUAAAAGUGGACUAAAGCUUUGCUUAACAAACGUACAAAGAAUGUGUAUGCUUUUCAAAUUAAGUUACAAAAGCAAUCAUUUUGAAAUUUUGAAUUGAGAAUUUGAAAUGAGAAUUAUGGCUUCAAAUUUUCAGCAGUUUUAGAGCUUUGAGUUGUAAUGAUUUGAAGUUUUAAAACAGUAAAGAGUUUGUCUUUAUGAGAUAAAGUGUCUAAGGGAUGAAGUUAGUGUUGUGAUUUGUAGUAAUUCAAUGUUUUAAUGUUUCAGAUUAUCACCUGUCAAUCAAAAUAUUUUUUGAAUGUGUCUCUGUUCUGACAAAAUUACACAAACUCUUUGCCUUCAUUCACUGGAGUAAAAUGUCUUGUGCUUUAGCAAAAUCUCUUGAGAAACGUGAGAAGAUUCGAACUGUCAUUAAUUGACUUCAGAAUUAUCUUUAAAGCAGCAAAUAAGAUGCUACUUCAUUUUUAGCAUGUGCACAUUA